GCUGAUCAAAAGAUUUUUUUAUUUAGAAAUGAGUUUCUUUUUCAGGGAUGAAUUGUUAUUGCUUUUCAUUUCCCCAAUCUGAAUAGACAAGGGGGUAGAUUGGAUAAAAUUGGUUGGUGGCGCGGCUGCAUGACCCACAAGUUUCUUCCUCCAGUUUGUGGGCUGUUCCAAACUCUUCUUCCUUGUACACAGAGAAAUCCUUAAAAAACCAGUCAACUGUUUUUACAAUCCACCAAGAUUCUGAAACCUCAAAAUUAAUAUCAAUAAAAUGGCUUCUCUCAACAUGUCCUGCCCAUCACCAUCUUUGCCCAGAUUACAGACAGUAAAUGGCCUGUCUUUGUCCAAUGGUGUUCAGUUAGUGAAUCUGUUUAAUUCAAAUGGAUUUACAUCAGAAUCUUCUUGUCGGAUGGGUGGUAGAUUGGGCUUUAGUAUGAAAGCUGAUGGCAAAGUCAAAUCAACAUUACUGCCUGUAAAUGGAAGCUUAUUUCUUGUGAAGAAAAGCAGGAAAAAUGCUCUCCAUAGUUCAUCCUCAUCUGGUAUUAAGGUACAGUCUGAUGCAGUAUCUCUAGGAACACUCUCAGCAGAAACUACUCCGUCUGGCACCAAUUUCCCUACUGAUAGUGAUGAGUAUGACUUGGAUCAUCCCACAGCGGGGUUCUCGUCCAUUCCAGAGGCCAUUGAAGACAUACGUCAAGGAAAGAUGGUGGUGGUCGUAGAUGAUGAAGACCGAGAAAAUGAAGGGGAUCUAAUUAUGGCGGCAUCAAAGGUUACGCCCGAGGCUAUGGCUUUCAUUGUGAAGCACGGAACUGGAAUUGUUUGUGUGAGCAUGAAAGAGCAAGACUUGGAGAGAUUGCAGCUUCCUCAGAUGGUUACUCAUAAAGAUAACGAGGAGAAACUUACUACUGCAUUUACAGUGUCCGUUGAUGCAAAAAGGGGUACAACUACAGGGGUGUCAGCUCGUGAUAGGGCAACAACAAUACUAACUCUUGCAUCCAAAGAUUCAAAACCACAGGAUUUUAAUCGCCCAGGACAUAUAUUUCCAUUGAGAUACAGAGAGGGAGGUGUUUUGAAACGAGCAGGUCACACAGAAGCAUCAGUUGAUCUCACUAUGCUGGCUGGACUUGAGCCGGUUUCUGUUUUAUGUGAGAUUGUGGAUGAAGAUGGAUCAAUGGCUCGAUUACCAAAGCUUCGGGAAUUUGCAAAAGCGGAGAACUUAAAAAUUGUUUCCAUCGCUGAUCUUAUCAGAUAUAGAAGGAAGAGGGAUCACCUAGUGGAACGUUCUUCAGCUGCAAGAAUACCUACCAUGUGGGGACCCUUUACAGCCUACUGUUAUCGGUCAAUCAUCGAUGGGAUUGAACAUAUCGCAAUGGUCAAGGGUGAAGUAGGGGAGGGGUUAGAUAUUCUUGUCAGGGUACACUCAGAAUGCCUCACAGGAGAUAUAUUUGGUUCGGCAAGAUGCGAUUGCGGAAAUCAGCUCGGGCUGGCAAUGAAACAGAUUGAAGCGGCAGGAAAGGGUGUACUUGUAUACCUCCGUGGUCAUGAAGGAAGAGGAAUUGGUUUGGGACACAAGCUUCGUGCUUAUAACCUGCAAGAUGAUGGACGUGACACUGUGGAGGCCAACGAAGAAUUGGGUUUGCCUGUUGAUUCAAGAGAGUAUGGUAUUGGUGCUCAGAUACUAAGAGAUCUUGGGGUCCGAACGAUGAAACUGAUGACAAACAACCCUUCAAAAUAUGUGGGACUCAAGGGUUAUGGUUUAGCAGUGUCAGGAAGAGUUCCUCUGGUAACCCUUAUUACAAAGGAAAACAAGAGAUAUUUAGAAACAAAACGGGCAAAAAUGGGUCAUGUUUAUGGCCAAGGGUAUAAUAGCAAUGCCAGCAAUAUCAUCCCUGAAAAUGGUAAACCAAGUACAGAAGAGACAUCAGAGUCAUAGUGUGCUUGCUCCUCAUUCAGAAAAUGGCCACGACUGAGAUGUUUAGAUAGUGUUUUCUGCAAUGUCUAUCCAAAGGUAAUAUAAUCUCAAUUUCAUUGAUUAAACUCAAUAAGAUCGUAUUCAUGAGAGGAGAAUUUUUUUACGAUAUAAUGCCCAGAAACAUCAUUGUUUUACCCAAAGGGGACAUUAUUGUUUUUCACAGAGGAGAUCUUGUCCAUGACAUAUUGGCAUGGAUUUAUGGUUGUAACUGAAUUUGGACGACAGUGUGAAACCUAGUACAACUGACCUUACUAUCUUUAGCUACAUGAAAUUCCCAUUUCUGACGUGGAAUCUGUAAGAUGUGUAUGUUCAGGGGAUAGAAUGGCUUACACAGUUAAGCUGUGUAAGCGGCAUGACUUAGAAUUCCAUACGGGAAAAACUUGCGUUGUUCCAACUUCUCAGGAUUUAUGGGUAUAGUAUCGUUAUUUGUAGUU